CCUGAGGUCGUUGACAUGGAGAAGCACCUCCGCCGAAGUGUUUUUCUCGCCUUCCUUCGCGUGUCCACUCGCAAGGAAUCCAAAGAUCACUUCAUUUCCCCCUCUGCUUUUGGAUAAAUCCUCUACAACAACUUCCAGUUUGACAUCCCAAAGAUCCUGGACCUCUGCGUGCUCUUUGGAAAAGGCAACUCCCCGCUGCUGCAGAAGAUGAUAGGAAACAUCUUUAUCCAACAGCCAAGUUACUAUAAUGACCUGGAUGAAAGCAUGCCCACCAUCCUUCAGGUCUCCAGCAAUAUCCUCCAGCACUGUGGUUUGCAAGGGGACGGGGCCUGCACCACACCCCAGAAGCUUGAGGAGAGGGGCUGGCUGACCCCCAGCGACGUGCCUCUCCUGGAAUUAAAGGACAUCGUUCUCUACCUUUGUGAUACCUGCACCACACUCUGGGCCUUUCCGGAUAUCUUCCCUUUGGCUUGCCCAACCUUCCAGAAACACGACUUCUGUUACAGGCUAGCUUCCUUUUAUGAAAUAGCAAUUCCUGAACUGGAGUCUGCAAUCAAGAAGAGGAGGCUUGACGAUAGCGAGCUGCUAGGUGACCUGUGGCAGAGGCUCUCUCAUUCCAGGAAGAAGCUACUGGAGAUUUUUCACAUCCUCCUGAAGCAGAUCUGCCUUCUCCCAGUCCUAGAAAGCAGCUGUGACAACGUUCAGGGCUUCACUGAAGAGUUCCUUCAGAUCUUCAGCUCCUUGCUGCAGGAGAAGAGGUUUCUCUGAGACUCUGAUGCACUCUUCCCUGUGGCCGAUGACGUCAGCCUGUUGCAGCAGUCCUCAGCCUUGGAUGAGUCUCGGACCGCCUACAACCUCCAGGCAGUCGAGAGUGCAUGGGAAGGGGUGGACCGAAGGAAAGCCACCGAUGCCAAAGACCCACCGGUGGCUGAGAAUCCUAACGGGGUCGUGGAGGCGGCAGAGGCGGUCAGCAGACCGUCAUCGCUUCCCCACGACUCGGAGGAAGAGGAGUGCCUGGGGGCAGCGGCUGCUCCAGGCCCCGCCGCGUGCGGCGUGGAGCUGGACUCACUCAUCUCCCAGGUGAAGGACCUGCUGCCAGACCUCGGCGAGGGCUUCAUCGUGGCCUGCCUGGAGCACUACAGCUAUGACGCGGCGCAGGUGAUCAACAACAUCCUGGAGGGGCGGCUGGCCCCUGCCCUCGGCCAGCUGGACCACGGCCUAGACAGACAGGUGAAGCCAGACCCGGCGCCCCUGCUGACGUCUCGUCACAACAUCUCCCAGAAUGUUGAGUUGGACGUGUUCAGCAGGGACUAAGUGGACCUGAGCCGGGUACACAAGGGCAGGAGGAAGGCAGCGACAGGCCCUUCACCAUCCCUCAGGUGCGGAGAACCAAAGUGCACCAUCCCUCAGGUGCUGAGAACCAAAGAGGAGGACGAGGACCCCAAGCCCGACCAUCUUGUGCAGGACCCUGCAGUGCUGCGGGAAAAAGCAGAAGCCAGGUGCAUGGCCUUCCUGUUCAGGAAGGGGUACCGGCAUGAUAGCUCAGCGGCAGUGGCUGGCAGCCCCCGGGGCCACGGGCAGAGCUGGGAGAUAACACAGGAGCGCAGGAGGAAAGAAGCCAGCAAGCCACACGAGCCAACCACAACCGGAGAGCCAUGGCUGACCGCAAAAGCUAAGGCAGGAUUCCAACCUGAGGCCGCUGCGCCAGGGCCAGCCGGACCUGCCAGGCUGAGGUACCAUAGCCUGGGGCUUCCUUGCCAGUUGGCCCCCUGCCAGGCCACAAGUUCAAGUCCACCCCUCGACAGCCUCAACUUCGCAGCCCCUGAGAAGGCCGCCUCAUCAUCUGCCAGCCGGCCGUGAGCGCCUUCCUGCAGAACACACAGUGCCUUUAUCCACAGCGGAGGAACCGUGCGGCCAGCGCGCAGGUGCAAGGGACGGGGUUGGAGCCCCAAGGCCAGUCCCCAAACCUCGUGCAGCCGGACAGCA